CUUACUAUUCUCUCUAUUAUCUACUCUCUUAUGGUACGGUAACAGAAAAUGGAGGCUGCGAGUGUGGAAGCCGGUGAAAAAAACCAUUUACUAAAUGUUUUAUCAGAAAGCGAAAUCUCUAAUAUCCCUCAUGCUGUUGCUGAUAAAAUAAAUACCUACAUUGACCAAAAAUUUGAAGAAUAUCUAACAUCUAAGGCUUUGCAUGAAACCAGUAAAUCACAAAUCGAUGAAAAAAAUUCAGCAAUUGAAGCAACUAUCCUUGAAUUAACAGCAAAAUAUGAAGAUGCUGCCAAGAAAUUACAGGUAUCUACUGAAACUAUCACAGAACUGGAAAAGCAAGUUAUAUCUCUAAAUACAGAAUUAGAAAAGGCUCGAGAGAAAAUAACAUGUUUAGAAAAUGAAGCCAUUUCUCUUAAAAGUGCUAGAGAUGCUGCAGUUGAUGAAAGAAAUGACUUAACCCGAAUAUUAGAAAGGCGUGAUACUGAAAUCGAAAGACUAACAGCUAAUCAAAUAUCAUUGUCUCAACAGCUACGCGCUGCUAUAGAUUCUAAAUGUGAAGCAUUCGCUUUGAAUGAUGAAAUACAAAGUAAAGAACUUUCUCUUCAGUACCGAGAAAAGCGUUUGGAUCAAGAAAGGGUUUUGUUAAAUUCUCAAAUUACUGCACUAACUGAAGAAGUAAAUAGACUUACAACGGAAUUACAAACUAUAAGACUAAAUAAUACUAGUAGACUUGUAAGCCUGGAAGCACAACUUGCAGAAAAAGUUGAAGAGUUAAAAGUAGCUAAUGAAACAAUUGAGCAAUUGAAUGAAAUUAAAAAGAAUUUAAAUAACCGGGCUGAACACUUAACACAACGCUUAAUGGAACAAAGAGAAAUAGAAAAUAAGAUGUCAGAAAAUUAUAAAAAAGAAAUAGAUGCAAAAUCAAAAUUGUCUGAUUUAUUUAAAAUUAUGCAUGAUGAUGCUGAGGCAAAAACCACUGAAUUGACUGAUGGUAUUUUAGAGUUACAAAAACUGCUCAAUGAAGCUACUGAAAAAUAUGGUGAUCUUGAAACAAAGUAUAAACAGGCUGAAGUGGACCAUGAAGAGCUGAUGGACAAAAAAAAUGAAAUUAUUUCCUCAUUGAAAAACGAACUAGAACAUGCAAAUGAUUUGUUAAAAGCUGCUACAGCAAAAAAUCUGGAUAUGGCUCUUAGCGAUUUGGCCCCAUCUGCAGCCACUGCUAGUAAACUCAUGAAAUCAGGCAUGUCAUUGACUCAAAUAUAUUCACAAUUAGUUACAGUUACUGAUGAGUUAAGCCAGAAAAAAGAAGAAAAUAGGCAACUUAAUAUAACUAUUAAUAAAAUUGUCCAAGAACUUGAAGAAAAAGCCCCCUUGUUACAAAAACAGAGAGCAGAAUAUCUGGAAGCAAAGGAGAGCAAUGUAGCUUUGACACAACAAAUAGAGUCUUUAGUUAUUGAAUGUAACAGGCUAAGGGAUGAUUACUGUGAAGCAUCUAAAGUUUCUAAUCACUACAGCCGUGAAAAUAAUCGCUUAAAAGGUGAACUGGCUGAUUUAGGUAGGCAAGUUUGCUUUUUGUUAAAAGAAAUAGAACAUACUCGAGGUGGGCUACUUAAUGGAGAUCAUGAUUCAUCAAAUACUACUAAUAUUACAAAUUCUUCUGACAUGAGUUCCUCACGGAUAAUAUCGAAGACAUUGGUGACAUUUAGUGAUAUUCAAGAGCUGCAAGCAAAUAAUCAAAAACUUUUACGGAUGAUUCGUGAACUGACAGAUAAACAAGAAGAGUUGGAACGCCAUAAAGAACAAUUUGAGAGUGGAGAAAUGGAGAAAAAAAUCGAAGCUUUGAAGCAAAGAGUCACUGAACUAACAGAAGCUCAAGAAAGACAAACUAAAAUGGUAAAUGGCCUUAUAAGACAACGUGAUAUGUUUAAAAAGCUCUAUCAUGAUCAUAUGAAAGGCAAACGUCAUGAAAUGUCUUCAGUCAUAGAUACUUCGGACUUGGAAAAGGAUGAAUCACUUAUAAUGGACACAUCAGAAAAUCCUCAGAAACCUGCUGUAGUCGAAGUUUCAAAUUUUGAAGUAAAAUAUAAGGAAACUGAAAAACAACUUGAGCUUUUAAAAGAAGAAUAUAAAACUUACAAAGAAGAAAAAAUUACGAACGAGAGAAUGUUAUUUGAGCAGAUUGACAACAUGAGACAAGAAAUAGCAAAAUUAACAGCAGCAAGUAGUAAAAGUGCGUCAACUUCAGAAUAUAAUAAUGAAAGAUUAAAAAUAUUGCAAACCAAUAUUGCCACAUACAAAAAACAAAUUUCAUCAUUAGAAGAUAAAAAUAAAGCAUACAAUGCUACUAUUGCUAAGCACGAAGUUUCAUUGCAACAUUUAAGAGAUGAAGUUUUAAAUACACAGGGAAAGCUAGCAACUGCAGAAAUACAAGUUGAAAACCUAAAGUUAGAAAAUAAGUUAUUAAAAGAUGCGGAAAUGCGCUUGCAGACUGAAAAAGAAAUAAUAAAUAGAGAGCGUCAAGGUCAGUCUUUGCUUUUGAAAAAUUUAGAAAUGAUAAAAACAAGCUUGGAACGCGUUGAAACCGAAAAUCACGCUAAAAUAGAAACAAGACUCGAUGAAGCUACUCGUGAAUGUGCAGCUUUAAGAAGAAGAUUGCAAGAAGAACAGGACAGAUUUAGAGAAUUAGCAGCUCAUUUAGAGCGCCAAACAGCAAUUGCUAAAUCACGCAUGCAAGAAGAGAAAGACGCAGCAAAUGCGAUGAGAAAAGAAAUUCAGCAACUCAGAAAUGACUUGAUUGAGAAAGACAAAGCAAAUGAAGAAAUGACCAAAAAACUUAAAGUUGCAUUGUCACCAAAUACUGAUGGAUCGCUAGAUACUAUAAAGAAAAUUAAAGAACUUGAAAUUAAACUGUCAGAUAGAGAUAAUGAAAUAAAGUCUCUUUUAGAACAGCUCAACACUGCAAAAGAACACAUUAAACAAUACUGUGACAUCGCUGAAAAUGCUGAAAAAGAACUGAAAAAUUUAAAUUCAGAAUAUGAAAAAUAUAAAUUGGAAACUGAGGCUAAGCUUACUGAAAAUGCAGAAAAGUUACAGCUUCUUGAAGAUAAGUGUUCUGAAUUAGAAGCAGAGCUUUCUCUUCAAGCUAAUGGUGAAUAUUCCACUGCAAACAUCAGUUUGAAAAAUGAAUUAGAAAAUGUGAAAGAAGAAUUAAAGAACGCAUUGGCUAAUUAUGACAACUGUCGUUCUGAAUUAGAAAGUUCGCGUAGUGAAAUCACGAAGUUAUCAGAGGCUGUUCAAAUAGCUGAAGACAAAUAUACACAUGAAAUGAUUUUACAUUCUUCAGAUAUCCAAACAUUAUCUAAUGUAAAAGAAGAGUUGUCAAGAGCACAAAAUCAGCUUAAUGAACUAGUAGCUUUGAAAAAUAAUACAGUAGAGAAAAUAAAAUCAGAGAAAAUGUCAUUAAUUGAAAGAGAAAAGAUUCUUAUUGGGGAAAAUGAACAGCUAGCUCAGCGUUUGAAAGAUCUUAAUGAUCAAAAUUCUUUGCUGCAUGAACAAAUCCAAGCACUAGGUACACAGCUGUCAGUUUCUCAUGCAUCUAGAUCUUAUUCGGAGAGUAUGAAUGAAUCUGCUAACGAUUCUAACAUCAAUAUAUCUUAUAGUGAGGAUGGGAAAUCCUCUGAACAACUGUUACAGAUUAUUAAAUUGUUGCGAAAAGAAAAAGAUAUUGCAGUAGCUAAGUUUGAAAUAUUACAAGCAGAGACUAUGCGAUUAAAAUCACAGUUAGAAAUUACUGAAAAACAACUUGAUGAUUGUAAAUUAUCUUUAGCAGCUGAAAGAGAGAAAUCCGAAGUUAGUAUGGUAACAGUGAAUAGACAGUCUGAUAUCUUAAGAAAAGUGGAGACGUUGGAUGCUUUAACAGACAGUAAUAGAAGUUUACGCGAAGAGCGUGAUACAUUAAAAAAUCGAGUGGAAGAAUUGACACUGAACAUAAAUUCAUUAGAAGAACAAUUAGGUCCACUUCAGGAAAUGAUAGCUGAUUACAAAUCUAAGAAUGAAACAUUGCUUUCCGAAAACACUGCCUUGAAGGCUGAUUCUGCAAGAUGGAGGACAAGAGUAAAUGCUCUCGUGGAGCGCGCCAACAAAACUAGUCCUGAAGACUGGAAACGCUUGCAAAACGAAAGAGAAACUCUUGCUAAAAUGCUGACAAAUGAGAAAGAAAAUCUUAGAAAAGUAAGUGAAGAGUUAGGUGCACUAAAAGUUGAAAAAUCCAAAUUAGAAGAACAAUACUCAUUGCUUGCACGUCAACAGAAUAAUGUCGUAGAAGAAAAUAAAAAACUUAAAGAGGAACUGCAAGUUCUUAAAGAUGAUAUGUCACGUUUGACGGAAGAACUAGCAAAACUUAAAGCAGAAUAUAACACAGCAACCGAUGCAAAUGCCAGGCUGGCCGAGGAGAUCAAUAACAGAGAAGCUUCUCUAUCUGAUAUAAGGAAUAAGGAAAAUCAAAUCCGUAAGAUUGCCAAAAAGUAUAAAGGGCAAUAUGAAGAACUUGUCAAAUCAGUAGAAGAGGAAAAGCAAAAGAAAGAAGAUGAAGCAACUGCUGCAGGUGUAGCGCUAGCAGAAAACACAAAGAAAGUUGAAGAGCAAUUGACUGAAGUACAAAAGCUGUUAGAUGCGGAAAAAGCUAACAAUGAAAAACUAAAGCAAGAAAUCGAGACACUCAAAACUGUAAAUAUGGAUAAAGAGGAAAAAGCUAAGCAAGUUUUGAAACAGGCGAAAAGCAAGAUAGUCCAGUUGACUGAGUUAAGGAAUUCUCUGAGCCGCGAGUUAGACGAAUCCCGAAAUAAAAUAGGUUCUAUCGAACAGAGCUCACGUGAUGAACAAGAUGCCAGACUGGAACUUAUAAAAUCGCAGUAUGAAGGACGUAUCUCUCGCUUAGAAAAGGAGCGCGGGGAGGUCCAAGCGGAAAAAAAUAGGGAAGUGGAAUCUCUUAUGCAGAAAGUAAACAUGUUACAAAGACAACUGGCCAAUCAAUCAUCUGCAUCUAAACAACAAGCUACAACAGAGAAAACUACAACUGAUCCUCCGACAGCAAACAUCAAACCUAUGGCUGGCGUAGCGCAGCAGAGCGUGUCGGCGAGUCGCCGCGGCGGCGAGACGCCGCUGGCUUCGAUUCGGCCCAUGGCGCAGGUGGGCCCCACGGCGCCGCACGAUGCGCACAGCACGGAGUACAUGCCGGCGUCGUCGUCGCGCCCGCUGCCGCGCGCUGCGCUAGCCGCCUCCGCCGCCGCCGCUGCGGCCGCGCCGCCGGAAUCCACACAGGAUAUGGACACUAGUGAGGCAGGAAUGGGCAGUUCAGGGUCCAGCGACAAUACUGCACAGUCCUCAUCACAUUCUCAGGCACCGCAACAGGCAGUGGCACUUGUGAUGCCGCGCAUCGAGCAGCCGAGCGGAGCCAGCUCGGGCGCCGUGGGCACACCGGCCGCCAGUUCGGCGCCGCCCGUCGCCAGCGUAACCUGCGCCGCGCCGCAACCCGCGCCCGCCACGCCUGCUGGAGCAGUGAGCGCGGGCCCGACGUCCGCGUCGGCGCCGGUGAGCACGUCGCACGCCGCGCCGCUCGUCAGCACCUCGCACGCCGCGCCCGGCGUCAGCACCUCGCACGCGGCUCCAGGCGUCACAACGUCGCAUACGGCGCCGGGAGUAAGCACUUCGCAGGCCGCGCCCGGCGUCAGCACGUCGCACGCCGCGCUCGGCGUCAGCACGUCGCAUGCGCAGCCCGGCAUCCGGCCGCCCAAGCGCCGCAUGCAACAGCGACCGCUCACUGCCAAACGGACACGAGUUCAGGGCUUUGAGCGUUCAGUGGAGGUGGAGUACCAGGUGCCGACGUCGUCGCGCUGCGACCAAGACGACGAGGGCGUCAUCGUAGUUGAUUCGGAGGAAGACGACGAGCGAUGCACAGGCACCAUGUAUAGGGAGGGCGAAGAGGACGAAGACAUAGAGGAGGAGCAGGAGGUUGAAGGCGGUGAAGAAGAAGAGGAAGCAGAAGGAGACGACGCCGAGAACGCAACACGUCAGGAGUCGCCGGCGCAGUCGCCGGUGGCGGGCGGCGCGGGGGAGGGCGAGGGCAGCGAGCUCGGCGACGGCGGGGCCGGCGCCGCGCACGAGCCCGACAGCGAGCCCGCGCCCGCGCACCAGCAGAUCGAGGCCAUCAGCAGCGGCACCGAGCCAAGCGGCACUUUAUCUCUCGGAGGCAGCGGUGCCGAUGACGGUGACGAUAGCAUAGUUCCUUCAACUCCUACUCUUUAUGUUCCUAGGCGGAAUGAUGGGUUCGGCGAGGCGGUGGUGUCGCCGGUGGGCGGCGCGGCGGGCGCGGAGGCGGCGGGCGCGCGCUUCACGUUCGCGGAGGCGGGCGGCGCCGCCAGCCACCACGACACGCACGCCGACCUGGCCGCCGCGCUACCGCCGCCGCACGCAAGGGCGGAAGGCGCGGAGUCCCGCGAGUGGGAAGAGUCCCGCGGCGAGGAAGAAGCCGCCGCAGUCAGCUCGCAGGGCAGCGAGCCCUCGUCGCCACACCAGGUCGCGGAAGAGGGCCGCGAAGCGGAGGCGAGCGCGGCGCCGCGCCGCCCCGCUCCCGCGCCGCACCCGCCGCACCAGCGCUGGAUGCGCGCCGCCGAUAGCGAGAGCGGACCGCGUGGGCGAGGCAUGCGGGGCCGGGGACGCCCCUCGCGCCGCUCACACAAUUAUACGCGAUUCUAAGAUUAUCUAUUUUAUAAGGCAACCUCUUUCUAAGCUGUUCUAAAGACUCUAAGGUUGAAAUCUAUAUAUAUAACAAACACACUUUGACUUUGCUUGGAUUUAAGUUUCAAUUCUAAUGGUAAUGAAAUAUUACGGAAUAGACGAUGUUUCGAGAAUUAGAAUAUUAAAAAAAAAAACUUUUUUUGUUUUAAUAGAACUGUGUGAUUUCAUUUCCAUAUGAAGUGUAUCCAGCAUUAAAUAAUUGCUAUUCUAAAUUAAGUAAAACUUUUAUAUUAAGAAACUUAAUUUUAAUUCUUUGGAAUGGAAAUUAAUUCUGUUGUUCACAAUCGCUAAACUAAAUUGACAGGCCAAAAUCGAAUGCUAUCCUUUUAAAGCAUUAUGAAAGCGAAUUAGACCUUUCAUUUUAGUUUAGAGAUUGUAUACAACAGGAUGAAGUUGAUUUCAAACUACGGAAUAUAAUAUAGUACAUAUAUAAAUAUCGCUAGCCCUACUUUUAAAUGUCACUGUUCACAUAUAUGUGUGUGUUAUAUUAUAUUUCCGAAGUUUGAAGGCAACUUUAGCCACAUUCUUAAUGAUUUUUUCAAAAUUUAAAAUAAGUAAAAAAAAUUCCAUAAUUAUAAAAUGUUCAUUUCAUAAGUAGUAAUAACAAUACAAUAUUCAAACUUAA